AUGCCUGCUCGCGGGGUUCUCCGUCCGUUGCUCCUCGUUCUCCCUCCCCUCCUCGCGUCUCCCCGCUCCCCUCCUCGCGUCUCCCCGCUCCCCUCCUCGUGUCUCCCCGCUCCCCUCCUCUCGUCUCCCAGCUCCCCUCCUCGCGUCUCCCCGCUCCCCUCCUCUCGUCUCCCAGCUCCCCUCCUCGCGUCUCCCCGCUCCCCUCCUCUCGUCUCCCCGCUCCCCUCCUCGCGGCUUCCCUUCUCUUCUAUCCCCCUCGUCCCUCUGCAGCCUUUCGCCCCCCCCCAUCCGCACUUCCCUACCAGCCAAUUCUUGCCGUCCCCUCAUCCCAUCUUCCCCCCCCCGGCCCCCUUCCUUUCCUCUCUUUCCCCUCGUCCCCUUCAGUCCUCCGGUCAGCACAAGCCCAACAGGUUUCUCUCCUCUCUGACCUCCAACUCCCAGCCCCCUCCGCUUCCCUCCCACCCCCAGCAGCAGCCUUUCACUCCCCCCAUCCCCACUUCCCCACCCGCCAAUCCCCGCCCUCCCCUCCUUUCCCUCGAUCCCCCUUCCAUUCCUCUCUUCCCCCUCGUCCAUGCCAACCCUUCUCUUGCCUUCCUCCCCUCUUCCCUCUCAGUGCUCCUGACAGCACAAGCCCAACAAGAGUCUCUUACCCAAUCGCAGCUUCUGCAGCAGCGGGUGCAGGAUGUUUUUGGGGCAGGGGCAGCAGGGAAUAGUGCAGAGGCAGGUGCUUCAGGGCCAGGGGAAAUUACCCUGGAAAAUGACGAGAUGCUGCUGGGAAGGGUUUCGGAGAUGGAAAAGGAGCUGAGGAAGCAGUUGGCUGAGCAGGAGCGAGCAGGAGGGCAGUUAACAGGGUUACCACAGUCUACAGUGGUUGCCCUCCCUGUGCCUCCUUAUGCAUUCAUGCCUUACCUGCACUCUGUGCCUGCCUGUGCAUUCAUGCCUUACCUGCACUCUCUUCACCUCAAUAUCGGUGCCCUCUAUUCCCCCCAUCUAGACUCCCUCAACUGCUCCAACGCCCCCACCUGCCCGGAUUUCUCGGGCAGGUGCUCGGUCAACCCGGAAAUUUCUGCCUGCUCCAACCCCGGGCUGGAAGACGACGGGAAGCAGUGGCUUCGGGCACCGGAAAACUGCCCGAAGGUGAAGAACGUAGUGGAGAGCGGUGCGGAGGGGUUCGAUGCGAGGUGCAGCCAUGAAUCGGACUUCGCAUGGCACAAGUGGAUGGUGUUUCAGACCUUCCUGCUGCGGGGGGUUUAUGUGAGCGCGGAGGGGCAGGUGUUUAACGAAUCAACCCACUUUGCUCGCAAGGGAUGCGGCCAUUUCUCGGAGGUGAGUUCUGAGCCUCGUACUGUGCUGCUGGCAGUUGGCUGUGGGGGAACAGGUGGGGCGGGGCUGUGGGGGAACAGGUGGGGCGGGGCUGUAAGGGAACAGGUGGGGCGGGGCUGUGAGGGGCAGGUGUUCAACGAGUUUGCUCGCAAGGGCUUUCUCCGAGUUUUCAUACCCCAGUUCGCCACAUGCACCGAGCACCCUCCCUCCUGCAUCUGCAAUCCCCAGGCCACACCAGUGCGCCACAUGCAUCGAGCGCUCUCCCUCGUGUACCCACAAGCCACGGGGUUCUAUCACGGGCUGAUAGAGUGGCUGCCUCAGUUCCUGCUGCUCGCUCCGCUGCUGCAGAAGCUGCCAAGCAUAGCAGUGCUUGGCACGCCCGAACAGGUACGCUUCAUAUGGGGGUGGAAUGUGGUGGAGUGCGGUACUCGCUCUCUCCCUCGUGUCCCUGCAAGCCAUGGGGGUCUAUCACGGGCUCAUGGAGUGGCUGCCGCAGUUCCUGCUGCUCCCAAACCACGCCAACCCACACCAACCCACGCCACCCCACACCAACCCACGCCACCCCACACCAACCCACGCCACCCCACACCAACCCACGCCACCCCACACCAAACCACGCCACCCCACACCAACCCACGCCACCCCACACCAACCCACGCCACCCCUAAGCCAACCCCAAGCCACCGCCAAGCCACCGCCAAGCCAUCCCCAAGCCACCACCAAGCCACCGCCAAGCCACCGUCAAGCCACCGCCAAGCCACCCCCAAGGCACCGCCAAGCCACCGCCAAGCCACCCACAAGCCGCCACCAAACCACUCCUAA